UUUUUUUUUUAAAAAAAAAAAUCCUUAAUUAGAUGUCUAAUCGACACCAUUACCAACAUUAUGGAAACGAAAGUAGGUCAAAUGCACAAGAUGAAGUCGAAGCUAUGUUGAAUUCACUUGUUGGUGCUCAGCCUUACACCGCUCGUCCUGGUUUAUAUGAUAAUGCAUCUCACUAUUAUCAAGCUGACAAUAAUCUUGGACCACCUCCAACACUUCCACCACGUAAUGAAAGUAAUGGUUAUAUAAGAACAAGCCAGAAUUAUGAAAUGGAAAGUUCCAAUAAAUAUUAUUAUCCUCCUGCCCCUGAAAACUAUCAUGGCUAUUCUUCUCAAUCAAUACCUACAACUCCUUUACCUCAAAGGGUUUCCUCGGCUACUUCUGAACCUUAUGCAACAGAUUUAGCUUAUUAUCCUCCUACUAACUAUCCUAUGCCUGUACCUCAACAUAAUUUUAAUAGUGCAAGUAUAUACCCUCCACCACAAUAUGAUCAACGUAUCUCCAAUCAGCAAGAAGGGUCACCACCAGGUUCUCCUAGACACCAAAAUCAACAAGUAUAUCCUCCUUUAGGAUACCCUGAUAUCACUCAAGAAUUCAUUAAUAAUUCUUAUAGGCCCACUUUUACUCAUCAAGUAUCUGAUGCUUCUACUUUUACUUCAACUCCAUCAUCCACAGAAGCACCUUCUCGAAUGCCUUCUUCUUCCUCUUCUUAUGCAUCUGGUGGAUACAGACCUAUGCCAACAUCUACUACUCAACCAUAUCGCAAACCACAUUCAUCUUUACGUUCAAAUAUGAUUAUGACAAUUGAACGUCCUCGAUAUACAUAUCCGUCAGAAAAUCUUAAUGGAGAGGAUGGUGAAGUUCCUUUCAUUCCCGUCUCUCCUGAUUCUGAUAGUGAUGAAGGUGAGUAUUUUUCAAAUCAUCGUCAUCACGAUCACUCUUCUGUUUCGGCAACUGUUGCUACUGAUUAUCAACAUCAGCAAAAAUCAACAGGUACGGAGUAUAUCGACCCUUCUCGUUUCUAUAUGCAGCCUCAGCCUGUAAUUGAAAAUAAGAUAAUGGCUACUCCAAUUCAAAUGGAGCAUCAGCCACAUAUUGAAAUAAUGAAGCCAGUAAACCAAUCAGAACAACCACAAGAGAUGAAUGUUACGAAUCAUUUAGAAAAUAAUCUCAUUAUUCCUAAAAGAGAGGUAGAGCCAAACUAUGGAUUACUUUCUGUUUUAUCAAUCGCUUUUGCACGUAAUGUUAAGGGAUUAGAGCAUGUUCGAGAAUUAUGGUGUGCGAGUGAAUAUAAUGAGUCAUUUACGGGUUCAGAGGCUAUAACUAUUCUUAGAAAUUUAUUGAAAGAAUUAAUACCUGAUGAAUAUUGUAUUUUAGUAGCUAAUGUUUUAAUGAGAAGCCAUCCUCCUUUAUUUUCUCCAACUCAAUACUCUCAAAAAUCAUUGAUUUCAAAUUCGGUCAAUUCAGAUGACACAUAUUUCAUUGAAGAGAAUAUUACGAAAGAUUAUACACCUAUAGGUGUUAUUCCUAGUUUGACACCAUGCUACAGCUAUACUUGUCGUCCUGGAGUGGGCGGUUGCUAUUCAGCGUUUUGUCCUAAUACUGGUAAAGACUUUUUAGUCAAUGUUAAGGUUGAGCCAACUGCUUCUGAUGACACAAUUGACAAGACCAUAACUUCUCCUAAAGGAGGCUGGUUGGUAUCUCAUGAUGCAUGGUCAGCUAGAAUGGAUAGAGAAUUUUUAAAGACAUUAGAUCCUAAAGAAAUUGGAAGACAAGAAGCUUUGAAUGAAACAAUUUAUUCAGAAGAAAAAUAUUUAGCUGAUUUAAAGAUUCUUCAUGAGGUUAUUGUGAAGGGGAUUGAAGAGUCAGGCGUAAUUGAACCUGAUCGUGUGAAUAGUUUUAUCAGUACUGUAUUUAAUAAUUAUCAAGAGCUAAUUCAAAUGAGCGAAUCUAUGUUUAAGGAUAUGUUAGUUCGUUAUCGACAAUAUGAAAAUGAAUGUAUUCCAACUAUUGGUGAUAUUCUAGUUCAACAUAUGCAGUUCUUUGAAGAGGCCUAUGUAAAAUAUAGUCCUCAUGCUCUUCUUGCAAAAUAUUUAGCUGAAGCAGAAAUUAAAAAGAAUGCUGAAUUCGAAAAAUUCACCAAGGAACUUGCUAAGCAUGAUCGUACAAAUCGUUUACCAAUAUGGCAUUAUUUACUAAGUCCUGUGACACGUAUGCAACGAUAUCCUCUCUUGAUUGAAGCUCUUUUGAAGAAAACACCUAUUGAACACCCUGAUCAUGUUUUCUUAACACGUAGUCAUGAUAUUAUCAAAUCUGUAGCUACCAAGGCAGAUAACGCUGCUACUCAUAUUAAGAAGCGUCUAGCUAUUCUUCAUAUACGUGACAGUAUUACCUUUAAGCAAGGUGAAUUUUAUGAUCUACAAUUAAGUGAUCCUAAUCGUCGUUUAUAUCAUAAGGGAACUUUAAAACGGCACAGUGGUACAUUAGAUGUCACUGAUAAGAACGACAUUUAUGCAUUUGUCUUUGACCAUAUGUUAAUAAUGACAAAGUUACGAAAAACAAAUACAGGAGAAGAAUAUCGUAUUUGGAAUAAACCAACCCCUCUCCAGAUGCUUGUUGUUCAAAAUAAUGCUUCUAAUACCAGAUCUCAAUUAUCAGGCACAACCUUAACAUUACAUCAUCUAGGCUCUCGUGGUGGAACAGUGUAUCCUUUCUUUUGUUCCUCUGUUGAAGAAAGACAAACAUGGGUAAAGGCAAUUGAAGAUGCAAAAGCGAGUUUGAAACGACGACAAGGCGAAACGGAUGUCUUUGAAUUGCGUCCACUAGAUGAUGUUAAUUUCCGAACUUUAGGAUCAGGGCAAUAUUCAGGCACUACAACACGUAUCAACUGUUCUGUACCCUUUAUAUCAGCCACACAAGAAAGAAAGAUUGCUAUCGGUACUGAUAAUGGUGUUUUCUUCAAGACAGAAGGUCGUGACAAUUCUAUACGUCGUAUCAUUCAAUGUGAAAGUGUAAUUCAACUCGCCGUGAUGGAGAAGUAUCAUAUCUUGAUUGUUUUAACUGAAAAAGCAUUAAAGGCAUAUCCUGUUGAUGCACUUGAUUCUAAAAGUAAUACGAAAGCAAUCGACCGUGUGGAGGUCGAGAUUGCUCAACAUGUCAAUUUCUUCCAAAUUGGGCAUUGUAAUGGUCGUGAUUUACUUGUAUUUAAGAAAAAGAAGAAUACGACAAGCGUAUUUACUGCAUUAGAGCCUUUUUGUGAUUUACGUGACCCAAAGAACGAAAAACUAUUGACUCACAGACCUUCCAUCUUUAGCAAUAGAGCUGAAUAUUUAAGAUGGUUCAAGAAAUAUAAGGACUUUUAUAUUGGUGCAGAAGCAAGCAAUAUUCAUUUCUUGAAAGCUAAAUUAAACAUUGUUUGUGAACGUGGCUUUGAAGUCAUCGAUCCAGAAAAUUUGACAGUGGGUCGUGACAUCCCUGAUUCUGAAGAUCCUGAAUUUUAUUUUGUUACACGACAUUCAGAACCAUUAAAACCCUUAGCUAUGUAUCGUAUCAAUGAUAAAUUCCUUUUGUGUUAUGAUAAAUUUGCAUUUUAUGUCAAUAAUCGAAAUGGCUCUUUAGUACCUAGACCAGAUAAAAGAAAGCCUGCUACUAUUUGUGAUUGGGAAGGUAAUCCAUCCCAUAUUGUAUAUGAGCACCCUUAUAUCAUUGCUAUAGAUCCUUACUUUAUUGAAGUUCGACAUGUUGACACUGGUGAACUUGUACAAGUCAUUUCUGGUGAAAAUAUUCGUUUAGCUUAUUAUAAUGGCGGGGGUGAGAAGCCUAUUAUUCAUGUCUGCAUGACACAUAACCAAAAAUCAGAUACGCAAGCGCUAUACCAUUUGGUCUUAAACAAUCAUCGUAAUUCUGCUGGUUAUCCUCGACGAUAACAAAAUAGAUUUUACAUUUUCUUUCUCGCAUUUUAAUUUUUCUUUUUUAUACAUAUAUAAUAAAUUGAACCCUUAUAUCAUGUCAUGUAAAUUUUAAAUAGAUUCCAUCUUUUGUUGUAUCUAUAAGUUAUAUACAUUGUAUAGUUACACAAGAG